CCAAAACCAACCUACAUAGCUACCAGUUAUUGCUAGCAAACUAUGGGCUUCUAACUAGGCUGAGGAAUAGUUGUAAUGUACAUUCCAUUAAUUUCAGUUAGAUGCAGAAGGGUAAUCUGAAACAGCAAUGGUGACAGCCAGUGCAUUCAUUAUGAAAACUCUUACAACUAGAGAGCACAAAGAGGAAGAACAUGUCACACCAAAUGACGAAAAAUUUUGUUUGGUGUUUUAAAAAUUCUCCAUUUGUCUUAUCCAUCCAUAUUGCCUUUAAUCUGAAGUCCUGUGUGAAUUCGCUGGUCCAAACAUAGCCCAAACCAUGAUAGUUACUAUUUCUCACAUAUUGUAAGAAAUUGAGGAUUUUCCAGGCUGGAACAUUCCAGAUAGAUUCCUAAUUAUUGUGAAAGUACCAGUGUUCUUUACAUUUGGUGAUUCACUGAUACAAAGAGUUAAUGAAUGAUCCUGGUGGAGAGAAAAGUUCAGACUGGCUUCCAUCUCUUAUUCCACACCUCGGGGAGAGUAUAAGGAGGCUUUGAGGGUCAGGCCACAUAACAGUCUGGUCACACGAGAGCAUGGAGGGGAAAUGAGCUUCUGGAGCUCUUUAAAUCUCUCUUCUGUCUAUCUUUCCAUCCUCUAAGGUCCCAUUAUUCAGAGCUUAUUUUGCCAAGAGACUGCCACCAUAUCUAUCCACUGUGUGUUAAAAGCAAUGAUUUUUCUUGCAAAUUAUUAUCAUGGUGUGCACUAGUGUAAAAUUCUGCUUAUUAAUUAACCAAAAAUUAGUGUCCACUAGUGUAAUAUCCUGCUGUAGAUUUGUGAAAGUUCAGAAAAGCAAGUAUUUUCAAAUUGACAAAUCAAAGCUUCCUUGAGAAGCAAAUUAGAAUUCUGAAAUCCCACCUCACAGACAAGAAAUUUUUGCUGUAUUAAAGCCAAAACCCUCCUUUGCCUUUCGAUUAAGGCUAUUAGCAUGCAGCUCAUGAGAAUGGCCUCACUGCCAUUUCAGUGGCUCUUCCUGUCUCCAGAUGGGUUAAGAAUCAUGAACAAUUUUCUGCAUUCCUUUUCCAACCUUGUUUUUCUCUUCCCAUCUGUUCAGGAGUAUUUCUUCCUCUCCUUUUCUCAUCCUUAUUUUUCAUCCCCUAGAAAGGAGCUCAUGCUGUUUGGAGGAUCUUCAUAUUACCGAAGAUGACACUAGUAGAGUCCAUCUUACUGCAUACCUAAGAGAUGAUGAUGCUUUUAAACUGGUAAAACAACUCAUCAGCAUCUUCACUUGUCUUUCCUGGCUUUGCCAACUUGACUUUCAAAAAUGCAGUCAGUGUAAUGCUGUAUUCUUUAAGGCUUUCACUGGCUCUUCGGUAGUUGAGAUACUGAUGAUGUUGUUCACAGAUUUCACAAAAUGUUUUUUUCUGAUUGAAAGGGUGUUUUGAAGAAUGAUAAUUUACUUAUGGGUUUUAAAGUAAACUAGUCAAACUAGUCUGUAUAAAGCUUCUAUCAUGGGACUUAAAUUAUGCUAAUGGACUAGAUGACAUAUAUAAGUCCAUCAUAAGUUUGUUCUGAAAAUAUGCAUUUUGGUUUUUUCCACCUCUUUUGUGCCAACCCUGAACUAGUAGUGUUGUUCUUUUAAAACUUUGUGGGUUCAAAAUGCUCUGCAUCUCUGGCAACUGUUUUGAAUUAUUACGUCAUGCUGGUCACUGAAUGAAACUUCAUUGAAGCUGAUGGGCUUAUUAAUAUUCAUGCUUCACUUAUAAUAAAUCCAGGCCUCAUGCCAUUAUAUCACUGACAGCUGAGACAGUACCAGCCACACCUACAGCACAGGGGACAUGGACAAGACGUUGGAGAUUUAAGUGAAGUGUGUAGGAGGUUCUGCUGUUGGUUCAGAUAAAAUGUUUCUCUGUGUGCAGAAACAUCAACCUAGAAACACACUACAAAAUUCUGUGGAGAAAAUAAGGCCAGAAAAGCAAUGUAAAUGUAUUUUUAAAAAGAAGAGGGGAGGGGGACCCCUUCUGUGCAUAGUUGUUCAUGGAAGAAGACUUGGAACUACAAGCAAAGAGAUUUCUUUCUGGUCUGGAUUAAUCCUCUUUCUAGGGGAACAAAACCUUCACAUACAUAAUGUGGAAAUAAAAGGUACUGCACCUAAUAAAUACUUCACUCCAUCACUGAUUUAUCUUCCUAAUGAAAAUAGCCUACAAACCUCCUCUUGGCUCAACCUGAGUAAAAAAUGGUGACAUUAAUAGCAGAAGCAAAUCCAGAUUCUGAGGAGAUAAGUUGAAAGUUUCUAUUAACCUUGAACUCACUUGGAAUGUGAAGAAAGAAAAUAUUUUUAUUUGAAACUAUUUUCUGUUUCUGAUAUCCUGGAGAAUACUUGUAUUGUCUCACCUCAAAUAAUGUAAACUACUGCUACUCAAACAUGAUCUUCUUGGGAGGGAAACUGAGAUUUAUUCAUUACUUCAGGAACACAUCUUAUAAGGCUGAGAAGACAAGUGUGACAGGGGUUUUAGCAGUCAUUUUGUCUGCUGGCAUGCUACUACACUUCUUGAAAUAACUUCACUUCUUUAGCUCUGGGAGCUAGAGACUGGCUUUAUAAUUUGGAGCCUAUCACCCUGAAUUUCCAGAACAUAACUACAAGGUAGGAGAGGGAAUAAAAAUCUACCUAUCUUGGCAGGAAUCCAGAGAAGACUUUGGUGGUUUCUGCCAGAAACAGAAGACUUCUAAGACAAACUGGCAAUAAAUUAAUUAGACAAACUUAGACUUGCAGAUUAAACUCAAAGAAAGCAAGCCAAAAGUAUUCUGAGAGGCUGUGGAAUUCACUGCAGAACCUGAAUCUUCUUGCAUCAGUGCAUCAGAAGAGGAAGCAGUUAUCAGUGAAGAAAAUGGAAAUGGAUUAUCACGAGCCUAAAAAUAUGUCUGUGUUUAAUAUGCACUAUGGAGAAGGAGAUUUGGGUCUGUCUCCUGACUGAAGGUUUUAUGUUGGUUCUUUUUAGAAUAAAACUGGUUUCUAAAAUGAGAGAAAUCAAAACUAAUGUAAGAAAAAAGUUAAUUGCCAAGUUUAUGAAAAUCUUGGCCAUAAUAAAUAAAAGUAAUUGAAAUUAAGCAAGAUGCCUAGGUAGGUGUGAGGACAUAUGAACUCGUAAUUGCUUUGGAUUUCUUUGUGGUAAAAUAUGAGUACUACUGAAUACCUACAAAGUGUCCAACAGAGUCAGUUUAUGGAAAUCCAUUUUAAAGCUGAAGCCCAAGUCAUCAAAGGAAAGGAUCUAUAAAGGCAACUGAUUUGCAAUGGACAGAUUAUCCUGUCUGCAAAAGCACACAUCAUUGUAGCUACCUGCUGUGGUAGUUUUCUAGAAGAGGGAAGAGAAGAUAAAGUGAAACAAUUUUUGUAAAGGGAUUCUAGCUGCUGAAGUCUUUUUGGUUUUGAAAGAGAGAUGGAUGCUUGUUUAUUUGCUGAGCACUUUUGAUGAGCAAAAGCAGUAGGAAAAAAACAAAUGCAAAACAGGAGGCAAUGUAUCUAGUAAAUACAUAUAUACAAGGAAACUACAGGGGAGAAAAUAAGCUUAUUUUGAUACUGAAUUUACUCUAAUGUAUUACUCUAACAUUAGAUGUAAAACAUGGGAUGAUCUAAGAAACUUUGUCAUUGUAAAGUAAUCAUCCUGAUCAAGCAUGGAUCCUGUAGAGCAGUGAUAAAAGGGCAAUACUUUUAUUAAACAGCUAGCUCACCAUUUACCUGCUGCAAAGAUGGCGUAAGUCCUCUGAGACAUCAAGGAAUUAAUCAUGCCUUCCUCACUUCGGAGCCUAACCUAUCAUUCUGAUGAAAAGAUAAAAGCAGAUUCAGUGGGCUACUGAAAGCAAGUUUACAGAAGGGUUCAUGCUCAAUAAGGAAUAGAUGGAGCCAGGGAUGUUGUGGCAUGAAGAGAAGGCUGACCCAAAGUGCAGGAGUAGGACUGCCCUCACAGCAGGCUAGGACCUCUGGUGAAAAACGUACACAGUGUUCCCACUGUGUUUGAAAAAAUACUGGGAAUGGUGUUUCAUGAGACAUCAUGUUUGUUCGACCCACGUAGUAUUUGAUGCAUGCUAGUGUCUGAGUGAAAACCAAUACAUCUGCCAAAGAUCCGUGAUAAGCUGAAGAUCUCUUACUAGCUACUGUACCCAAGAAGAUACAGCCUGUUUAAGAAAGAAGCCAGUGUGCACAUAGAAGAUGCACAUACUAGUUUUCCUCUGAAAAAAAAAGGACUAUGCCUCCAAUAUGUCCAGCUCUACAUAUCAACAGCCACAUUUUGUAAAACUCCUCUUAUUACAGAGCAGUUACUUGGAAGUUCAACAGUAUUGCUAAAUCAGUGGAUAGAUAGGCAAGGGGAAACAUUUCAAAGCUGAGCACGGUUUAGCAUUUCCACAGUUCUUAAGGGCUCUUUAACCACUGCCUUUGUCUGAGCCUGUUUCAGACUGUCUUUUGUAUGGAGCACAGAUUCUGAUAUACUUUCAGAGAAGUAUGGGUGAACAGACAAAUAAUUUAAGUGUACAGUAGCUACUUACAGCAAAUGUAUAAGAAGCAUUUCCUUCAGGUUUUGUACUGGAGAAUAGGAGUGCACAUAGAUAGUGCAACCCCACAGUGGUUUGCUAUAUUCGAGUGCAAAAUGCACUGCAGAGUUUUGACAAUUACCUGUAGUAAUGCUCAUGUUCAAUCAAGAAAGCUUUGAUGAGAACAGAUGCCUGAAAAAGACCAAAAGGAACUGAUUGAUUAAGAAUAGCAAAUGUGUUUAGAAAGAAAUAGAUGCUGCUUUGUUUAAUAUGAAUGGGGGCAUAGGUUCCUGCAGCAUACUGUGAGACCUCUUAAGGAGAGGACUUGGAUACCAGAGAAGCAUGAUGGUAUGGUAGAUACACUCAUGAUAGAGUGCAGUACCACCACUUGUUAUUAUAGUAAAAGCUUUUCAUUUACCAGCAGAAAGUUUGAAAUAUGAAAGAUUAAGUACAGAAAAUAAGAAUUACUUCCCAACAGCAGACAAUGAUGUAUGCAGGUUACAAAACCUAAAUCAAAAUGAAAGAUGUGAAAAAAAGUAAUGUAUAAUUCUUGUGGGAGGCAUUUCUUUCAGUGCAUCUGUCUACUUGAUAUGGACUGGUAGUCAACUUUGUGGGUUUCAGUGAAGAGUUACUGAAAGCCAACAAAGAAACCUUAGCAGCAGAAUCCCAAGAUUUUGAAAGCUUCUCAGCUGAAGGUAGGAAAGUUGAAAGAAUUCUAAUGUUAAAGCUGAUGGAGGUGGGAAAGAAAGAAAGAAAGAAAGAAGUGUUCAUUAUGGCUGUUCCCAAAUCCUAAAAUACCAGAAUCCAGAACAUUUGCCUCAGAAAUUGUAUCUUCAAACAGGGCAUGGUCUAUCUCAUUAGAUGUCAAAGAAAUGAGAAUCCGAGGAAUGGUAGGAACUCAUUCAUUGAGAUCCUUUACAGUUUUCUAAAGGGUUAUGAAAUAGUCAGGAAAAGAUUAUACCAAAGUUUUGGGCUGGUGAUUUGAAAACAUCUUGAAAUAGAUACAGCAUGCAAAUACUACUAUUUUUUAAUAGUUUCUAUUUUGUAAAUUACUUCUUAUUGCGGGGAUGAACCUUAUUGCCAUUCCAGAUUCCACCACUGUGACAGACCAAAAGUGUUGAUACGAAACAGUGGGUGAAAUCUACUGGGUAUCUGCUAGUACUCUUCUUUUAGACUAAAUGUGAAAAACUGUUUUAAGUUCUUUAUCUGCUAGACAGCUGGACCUCUAGGGACCGUUAAGGCAGGGCUGACAAUAGGUUUGCGCACAGGUGGGUUUGAAUGAAAAUCCAGUGAUCUGGAAGGAACUGUGUGUGCAUGAGUGUGGAUGAGAGAUACAGAGAAACACCACAGCAGUGCAUACAAAAGCAGCAGAGAAACUCUGGAGAAGCACUUGAAACAGAACACCUGGGAAAAAAGAGUCCAAAGAGUGCUAUGGGACAAGUGCCACACAGGAAAUGCUGGGAACCAUGAGCUCCAUGGAAAAAGCUUUCCUUCAUUUGCGUCAUAUUGAAUUUAGGACAACAGAACUGUAUGUAUACUAUACAUAAAUAAACAUGAUUGCGCCAAAGAGAUAACUGACUUAUAAUUGUCUUUCCCUUCUAUGUGACCCUUUUUUUUUUUUUUAGCUUACUGGUUGGGUCCAAAGGAUAUCCAUAAUUUGGAUGGUUUGGGAAAUCUAGUUCAACAGUGUGAAACCAGCAAAUCCCCGUAAAGGGGAGUUUCAUGAAUAGAGUUUUGCCUUUUUUCCCCCUCCCUUUUCCUCUCUCCACCUGAUAGUAGAGUGGCUUAAUACCGAGUAUCUUGGCUACCAUUAAGGGACUUGGAGAAAACAGAUUAUCAGGUAAGAAAUGAGCUAUGUUAUGGAUAUGCAUUAUAAAAAGGCAAAAUGGUCCUUUUAGACAAAGUCUGAGAAAGAGGUUAUAUUGUUUUCAUGUGCUAUGCCUACAUAUAAUUUAUAGGAAAAUUAAAAUUUACUAAUUGUUUUUACUUUUUUUUUUUACAAUAAUUAUGGUCUUGCUAAGGUAUGGAAGUGACCUAAUAGUUACAAUUGUGACCUCUAAGUUAUUGUUAAUUUUACUGUCAGUAUGUGCUUCACAUCUCCUACUUAAUGGUAUGCUAAUUGUACAGCAGGAUGUCACAUUCUCCAACAUACAGAUUCCCUAUUUCAAUUACAGCUAAGUAAAUCUCCAUUACUAAUGAGUAAGCAUUUCUUUUCCAUGUACAUUUGCAUUAUAAUGGACAUUUUCUUUAUGCGCUAAAAUUAUUCUUUCCUUGACAACAACUAUAUAUUUUAUUCUACAGUAAAGGCUACGACAUGAUGAUUCAUUCCUUUCUCUUGGGUUUAUCUGUAUUUAAAUUGUCAAAUGUUCUCGAUAGCCUGACAUUUUCUGUCCCAUGUUAUUUUUCUGUACUUCCAGAAUAAAUUUAUGUAUUUGCUUUAAGACAACCUACUUAAGACAAAUCACAAAAAAAGUAAGCUUACGUGUCGGUCAUAAAUUAAGCUGUAUUUUUGAAUAUGUUGCAUUGUUUCAUUCAUGUUGCUGAGAAAUCUGAACUGUUUAUGUCAGUGCAAAGUGACCUUUAUGAUAUAAUGUUUGACUGAUUUGAAUAUAAAGAAAAGGGACCACAAGUGACCCAUAUCACUGCAAGAUCCCACUCUGCUUAACAGAGCAUAGCUCUUUGGCUAUUAAAUACAAUCCCCCAAACAGACAUUUGCUGCCCUGCUGAUGCAUUUCUCUACAGAUGCAACGGGCAGCUGAGUAAAAUGAAGGGGGAAAGCCUCCUGUUACAUCUGAGCUAUGCAGCUUUGCUGCCAAAUCUGCUCCCUCUUGGGGGUUGUGGCCAGUCACUGGGUGCUGCUGAACUGCUGAACUUGGGCAGCCGGGUGCUGCCGGCAGAGGAUUCCCUUCGUCUGCCAGCACCGUGACAUGAGAGGCUUUCCCUGCCCUGCAUCAGGAAAAAAAGAUACUGGCAAAUUGAGUCCCUGUGGCGGAGAUCCUUCCUUCAUUCCGCAUGGCCCCAGGAAAAUAUAUCACCUUUUAUACACAAAUAAGGACUGCCUACGGUAUGCAGCCUUUUUCCCAGACAGCAGCAAAAAACAAGGACUGGGAAACAGAAAAUCAUGACUGGUAUUGUUUUGAAUGCCAUUUGCCUGGAGAGGUGUUGAUAUGUGACCUGUGUUUUCGUGUGUAUCAUUCCAAGUGUUUGUCUGAUGAGUUCAGGCUUAGAGACAGCAGUAGUCACUGGCAGUGCCCAGUUUGCAGGAGUAUCAAGAAGAAAAACACAAGUAAACAAGAGAUGAGCACAUACCUGCGAUUCAUAGUCUCUCGUAUGAAGGAGCGGGCUAUAGAUCUAAACAAGAAAGGGAAGGACAACAAACACCCAAUGUAUAGAAGGCUGGUGCACUCAGCUGUUGAUGUUCCUACUAUACAGGAGAAAGUAAAUGAAGGAAAGUACAGGAGUUAUGAGGAGUUCAAAGCAGAUGCUCAGCUGCUUCUACACAACACAGUGAUUUUCUAUGGAGCGGACAGUGAACAAGCUGAUAUAGCAAGGAUGCUUUACAAAGACACAUGUCAUGAACUGGAUGAACUGCAGCUUUGCAAGAACUGUUUCUAUUUGUCAAAUGCGCGACCUGACAAUUGGUUCUGCUAUCCUUGUAUACCUAAUCAUGAGUUGGUUUGGGCCAAAAUGAAAGGCUUUGGGUUUUGGCCAGCCAAAGUCAUGCAGAAAGAGGACAAUCAAGUUGAUGUUCGCUUUUUUGGCCAUCACCACCAAAGGGCCUGGAUCCCCUCUGAAAACAUUCAAGAUAUCACAGUGAACAUCCAUCGGCUGCACGUGAAACGCAGUAUGGGGUGGAAGAAGGCCUGUGAUGAGCUGGAACUGCACCAGCGUUUUCUUCGUGAGGGGAGAUUCUGGAAAUCAAAGAAUGAAGAUAAAGGGGAAGAGGAGGCAGAGUCAAGUAUCUCUUCUACCAGCAAUGAGCAGCUGAAGGUUACUCAGGAACCAAGAGCAAAGAAAGGACGACGUAACCAGAGUAUGGAACUCAAGAAAGAAGAGCCAGAACCUGAAACUGAAGCAGUAAGUUCAAGCCAGGAAAUUCCCACAAUGCCUCAGCCCAUUGAAAAAGUUUCAGUCUCAACUCAGACCAAGAAGUUAAGUGCCUCUUCUCCAAAAAUGCUGCAUCGGAGCACCCAGACAAGUAAUGAUGGAGUGUGUCAGAACAUGUGCCAUGACAAAUACACCAAAAUCUUUAAUGAUUUCAAGGACAGGAUGAAAGCUGAUCACAAAAGAGAAACUGAGAGAGUUGUGCGAGAGGCAGUGGAAAAGCUGCGUACGGAGAUGGAAGAAGAGAAAAGGCAGGCUGUAAAUAAAGCUGUGGCCAAUGCACAAGGAGAGAUGGACAGAAAAUGUAAGCAGGUAAAGGAGAAGUGCAAAGAAGAAUUUUUAGAAGAAAUUAAGAAGCUAGCAGGCCAGCACAAGCAACUGAUUUCCCAGACCAAGAAGAAGCAGUGGUGCUACAACUGUGAAGAGGAGGCCAUGUACCACUGCUGCUGGAACACUUCCUACUGCUCCAUCAAGUGUCAGCAGGAGCACUGGCAUGCCGAACACAAACGUACCUGCCGCAGAAAAAGAUGAAAGAGUUGUGACUCCCCUAGAAAACCACCCCGAUGAUUGCUAUUCUCAGACACAGCGGUUUUUGUUUCCAAGAAGCCAAAAUUGUUUAGAAUUUGCUUCCCAUUUUGCACCAGCCUUUAAACACUUUUCGUAAAUGAAAUUUUGCACAGUAAUUUCAAUCUUCUGUUUAAUGCUCCUCCAAAAUUUUGUCGGCAAAAUGAAUUUAACAUCUGUGGGAGCAGGUUACUUUAAAUAAUUUUAAACUAGAGGAUUUGUUGCAUUUUCAGCAAAUUUUAAAACAUUUUUAGGUUUUACAGAGAUUUUAAUCUUUAAAAACAGCAGAUCUAAAGAUAAAAAAGUCAUGCAAGUUUAAAAAAAAAGAACGUUUAAAAACUAGAUCUGAAUGUAAGAAAUGUAGAACUGUUACAGAAAAACAAAGCAUACUACCUUGAUGUAACAUUUAUUUCUUAACCUUGUUGAGCUGGUUUUGUUCAGCUUAAUUUUACUGUUUAAAGGCAUUAUCUAUUGGUUAUACCAGUGGGUACAUGAUUGAAUUUGGGAACAGGGUUGACACAGCAGGUGCUAGUCCUGCGUAUUUUUUCUUAAAUAUUUCCCAACUGUGUUUUAUUUUCAUUAUUUCUUUUCAAUAUAUAACUUUUAUAACAAAAUAUUAGCUUUGAUCUUGUAGUUUAAAAUCACAGGGAACUGGGGUAAUCUUUUACUGAGCUGGAUCUUAGAGAAAAAUGAAUAUUUAAAUUUCGAAGUUUGCACAUUUCAUCUUUGUCCUAACAUGAGUGCUUGUAACAAGAAUAAGAAAAGCCAAAAAAACAACAAAAAAACCCAACUACCUUUAUUCAUACAUGGAAUUAUGAGGCAAAUUUCUUUAUUGUGCCCCCCUUCAGCCUCCCCAAUCCAAUGUCAUUUGACUGCCUAUGAUCUGGUGUCACCUGGUCCAUUGUAACUUGAUAAUAAAAAGAGAAAAAGCACUUAAGUUUCACAGAAGCCGUUAUGUUUGUAGUAAUGGGUCAUUGCCUAAUAAUGAGCUCCAUCACUGUACUCAGAAUGAAGAAUAAUGCAUGUUAAUUUUCUUGUAUUAAAGAUGCCGUGAUUUGUAAAAAGUCUGUAUUUUGCGGAAUGUCUGGAUUAAGAAGCAUUACCAAUAGGAAUGGAUCGAUAGUUGAAAAAUGAUUUUCUUUUUUGUUUGUUUUAUAUAUAGAUAUAUGAAUUGCAUCCAUGUUCAGAGACAAUUUUUUAAAUAGAUGUAAAGCUUACUUAAAUAGCUUUUCUUUUAAAGUGUCUCCGCAUUUUAGUUUCUUUAAAAGAUUGGUCUUAGACUGAGUCAUAUGCCCAUUAAUCAUCCAGCUAUUUUUUGAGAAGUUAGAGGAAUAAUUUGUAAAUAUUUAUUUAGAUCUUUGAUAUUUAUUGAAAGCAAUUACAUGAUGGAACGAUGGAAGCUGAAGAAUCAGGAGGAGAGCCUUUAAAAAAGUUUUCUCUAGGAUUUGUCAGGGUCAUUGUAAAGAUGAAAAUAUAACUAAGACUUCUGUGAACUACCACUGGAAUCCUGAUCAUUUUUACUUACAGUGGUGAUAUAAGUUAAUUGACUAGAUACUGCCAAAUAAUGCCCAAUAUGUUGCAGAAAUUAAGUGGUAAAUUGAUUGGAAAAAAUAGUAAGUAGAUGGUAACUUGUAUUACCACAGCUACAUUAUUGCCUGAUAAAUGUGUAAUUAACUUUUGUCGCCUCUGUGUUGUGACUGUAAAACACUUCACAACUAAAAAUCAAUCUUGUUCGAUUACUUUACAAGUUCCAAAACUUCGAUCCACCCCUAUGAAAGCAAGUUAUUGUGGAAAUAUUUUUGGUGUAAAAUCAUUCCAGAAUAUGUAAUAUUUAUCUGAUAGCUGCAUGAAAGUAAGAUUCGUGUUACUUUGGCUUUUUUGUCUCUGUUGACACGGUUGCACAUUUCCAAGUUACUACAGCGUGAAAACUGUGUGUUUUAAAGAAAAAAAAAACAAAACAAAACAACAAAAAAAAAAGAUUGUGGCCUGGUUUUGUAUAAGUUUUAGGUAAAAUUACAAUUGAUUGUUUUA